AUGUUGCUUGCGAAAGCAUCACCAUUUCUUUCCCGAACACUCGGUAAAACCUUCAUUCGUUUUUCUCAUAGCACUACACGGAUAAAGGCUUAUAAUCAAAUAAAGUAUUGCUCUCCUUUAUCGCUUCCAUUAUUUCGGUCAAGAAUGAUUUACACUGAAUGUGGCAGCAAUCCUCGUCCGGCUUCCCCGGCAAAUGAUUUAAUCGAACCACUUUUGCCAUAUAGUGUUUCUAAUAAUAGUAGUACCAUUACCUUAGGUACCAAAAAAUACAGUACAAAUACCUCUACGACAACUGAAGAAUUAGAACGCUGGAGUUGGAAAUGGUGGAAAGAGUGGACUAUUAUUUUUAUUGUUUUUGGAAUUACAGGGUCGACAACUGUUAGAAUUGUUAGGCCUGUGGUGACCAAUGUAUUGGGAAUUGACGGAGGCUUUAUAGAUGGGCCGUGGACAUAUAGGAUCUCGUAUCUUUGCAUUACCAUCCCGUUAUAUUCAAUUAUUCUUCUUAUCGUAGGAACUCUUUUUGGACGACACGCUUAUUUCAAAAAGAUUGUUCUUAGGAUGUAUGGAAGAUUCAUUCCUAGCAGAUUAAUUAAGCGUAUUCGUGGCAAUCGUAAUGAUGGUUGUUCUCAAGCAGCUCCCUCAAUGAGAUUUGCUAGUGAUCGAGAUGUUGCUCAAUCAUUUCGAUAA